AUGGUUUCGAUUAGGAGAUUUUUGUUAUCUCCGUUUUUCGGGGUCACGUUGAUCGUCGUUCUCGUCGCUGUCUACUUCAGAUCUUCCCUCAAGUCUCCACAACACCAAUAUCAAAAUAGGUUAUACUCUGCUGAAGAAUUGGCAUUGUACAAUGGCACUGAUGAAACGCUACCUAUACUCUUAGGGAUUCUAGGAUCUGUGUUUGAUGUGACGAAAGGAAAAUCUCAUUACGGUAGUGGAGGAAGUUACAACCAUUUUGCUGGAAGAGACGCUUCUCGUGCAUUUGUAUCUGGGAACUUUACAGGAGAUGGACUUACAGAUUCGUUACGUGGGUUAUCUAGCAGUGAGGUUAAGAGCAUUGUCGACUGGCGAGGUUUCUACACCAGGACCUACACUCCUGUUGGGAAGCUUGUUGGGCGGUACUACGAUAGCCAAGGGAAUCCAACUAAGCACCUGAAAGGAGUUGAAGCAAAAGCCUCCAGAGGUGCACAACUCAUGGAGAAACAAAAGGUUGAAGAAGCCAAGCAAACGAAUUGCAACUCACGAUGGAGUCAAGAUGAAGGUGGAGAGGUUUGGUGUGAUGUUGGGGUGCCGAGAUUGGUACAAAGACCUUUGGAGAUAGCAAUAACUGGUUCGAUGAGCAAACGUUGCGCUUGCUUUGAGGAACACCAGCUUGAUCAGUCUGGUUUGGAGGUCUAUGAAGGCUGUGAACCUCUUGCCAAGACUUGCAAAGUGUCAUAA